CUCGAACCCCUUCAAUUUAUACAAAUCGAUUCGUAUCUUUUUGAACACUUGACCUGAAGUUAUUGAAAACAAUCGAUUUCCCUGAAAGAUGGAGGAUGCCACUCACACCUUGCUUCAGGACUUUGUAGACUCACUCUCCAAUUUACCUUCAGAAGUGGGUCACUUACUUUGUGAAAUCGCUUAUCUCGAUUAUGCCAAACAACCUGCAAGAGAUGAUCAACCUCCAGUUUCACAAGCUGGUAAUGGUGAAUCAGGAUCGAAGAGUAAAUGGUAUUCUGUAGAAGAAUCAAGAAGAAAAGCUGCAUCUAAACAACAUUCAAUCGUCCGACAUGCUCAUAAACCACCUAAUAAUCUUUUAAGUGAUCAUUCGAGAGAACCUCAACUUGUCACUAGAGCUUUGGCUCAUUAUGAUGACGCGAUCAAAUUAAGUUUGGAAAAGGAGAAAUUUGCUUCGAGAGCAGUCAGUUUGGUUUCGAGACAUUUAAAUCGGUUAAAUCAAGAGCUGGCCAGACUUGAGCAGCUGACGGGCGUGGAGGUACCCGAAUUUAAGCAAGAUGCUCCAGAGCCACCUGGGUCCGCCAGUGGACUUGAUUUUGGAUUAAUGCAGUCGAUGGCUGGAGUAUCAUCCUCGACCGCCAUCGAACCCCAAACGCCUGGAUUCGAAGCGUCUCGUCAAAAGCGUAAGCAACAUUCAAUGGAGACUCCCACGCCUUUAACUCUCAAUACCACUGUGGGAAGGAGUGAUUCUACUUCGUCGGCGCAUCCAGGCAACAACAAACGGCGAAUGACAAGCUCUAGAAGCGCCGUGAAAGCUCCGAUCGCACCUGCACCGGUUGAAGUUCCUCAAGAAGAAGAGGAAUUAGAGGAUGAAGAAGCUGACCCAGUGGACGACAGCAACGCAGGAGACGAUACGCUCUACUGUUUCUGUCAAAAGGUUUCCUUUGGAAAGAUGAUUGGAUGCGAUAACAAGACUUGCCGAUAUGAGUGGUUUCAUGUUCCUUGUUUGGAAAUGAAGGAGACUCCGACUGGUAAAUGGUUUUGUCCCGAAUGUUCGGCUCAGGAACCGAAAAAGGCCCCACAAUCGAGUCGGAGAAAGCGAUCUUGAAAGGUGCAUAUAGCCAAAAGGUUAUUCAACGUCCGUGUCUUACGGCUCGCGCUGUGCAGAUUCAGCGGUGGUGGUGGAUUUUUAUGGCUGCUCGACAAGCUGGACCUUUGUCUGAACAUGUAAUAUCAGGCCGGCUUCAGUGGCUUGGAACCACUUUUUGACUGAAAGAAAUGUAAUUGUGACAGAUUUUUCUUGUGAUCAUUAUAUAUGUUCAUCCGUACUUCACUCGAACUGAGAACAACUGGCACAAUGUUGGAGAUACUGCUGAUCAUAAGCCUCAUGAGCCGAAAAUGUUAACAUUCAAACUAUUGUAGUACACAAUUAUCAAGUCAUUACUGUCAUGGAACGUGCGCGGUUAAGAAGAAGGG